AAUCUUUGCAGCCCUGAUGGUGAUUCCAUAAAAGUAUUUGUAAGAAUUCGGCCACCUGUUGAAGGAAGCCUGGGCGGUGAUAGUGACCAGGGGCUAUGCCUCUCUGUACUGUCUCCCAAAAUGAUUCGCUUGCAUUCCAAACCGGAGCCAAAAGUCUUUACAUUUGAUUAUGUGGCAAAUAUGGAUGCAACUCAGGAGUCAGUUUUUUCAUGUGUGGCAAAAAAUAUUAUUGAAUCCUGUAUGAAUGGUUACAACGGCACAAUUUUUGCCUAUGGGCAGACAGGUUCGGGAAAGACCUUUACAAUGCUUGGGCCAUCUGACUCUGAUAAUUUUACUCAUAACCUGAGGGGGGUUAUUCCAAGAAGUUUUGAGUAUUUGUUCUUCUUAAUUAAUCGUGAGAAAGAAAAGGCUGGUGAUGGCAAAAGUUUUCUGUGUAAAUGUUCAUUUAUCGAAAUCUACAAUGAACAGAUAUUUGACUUGUUGGACUCUGCAUCUUCAGGACUUUUACUUAGGGAACAUAUAAAGAAAGGAGUCUUUGUUGUUGGUGCUAUUGAACAAGUAGUGACCUCUGCUGCUGAGGCAUAUCAGGUUCUUUCUACUGGAUGGCGGAAUAGGCGAGUAGCUUCAACCUCGAUGAACAGAGAAUCCUCCAGGUCUCAUGCUGUCUUCACUGUCACAAUUGAAUCUAUGGAAAAAGUUAAUGAAAUUGUAAACAUAAGAUCUUCACAACUUAACCUCGUGGAUCUUGCUGGAUCAGAAAGACAGAAAGACACUCAUACUGAAGGAGUCAGGCUUAAGGAGGCUGGCAGCAUAAAUCGAUCGCUGAGUUGCCUGGGUCAGGUGAUCACAGCCUUGGUGGAUGUGGCUAAUGGAAGGCAAAGACACAUAUGUUACAGAGACUCCAAACUUACAUUUUUGUUACGGGAUUCUCUUGGAGGUAAUGCAAAAACCUUUAUCAUUGCAAAUGUUCAUCCUGGAUCCAAGAGUUUCGGGGAAACGCUUUCUACGCUUCAUUUUGCUCAGAGAGCAAAACUAAUUAAAAACAAGGCAGUAGUUAAUGAAGACACCCAGGGGAAUGUGAGUCAGCUACAAGCAGAGGUGAAGAAGCUGAAGGAACAGCUUUCUCAGCUCCUUUCCGGACAGAUGCCACAGGAUAUUUCUAUUGCCAGAGAUGAGAACAUUGCAGAUUACAUGAACAACUUUUUAGAGGCAAUGAUACUUUUGGAGAAAUCUGAAAAUGAGAAAAAGGCCGUAUUACAGAAAGUAGCUCAGCUGGAAGACCUCUGCAGCAAGAAAGAAAAGUUCAUCCAGUCAAACAAAAUGAUUGUUAAAUUCAGGGAAGAUCACAUUGCUAGACUUGAGAAGGCUCACAGAGACGGCCAAGCAACCUUGUCGAAUACUGAACAGGACGACCUCAUAGCAGAGAUGAAGGAAGAACUCAGAGUUUUAAAAGGACAGAUUGAGCAUCACCCACGAGUAGCCAAAUAUGCCUUAGAGAACCACAGUCUAAGGGAAGAGAAUAAGAGUCUCCGCUCUCUCCAGUCUGUAAAACGAGCGCAAGAAAUUAACAAUCAAAUGAUCGCAGAGCUUGAGAGAGCUUUCUUGGAAGCUUCUUCAUGUGCAAAGAAUAAUGGAGCUUUACCAAUGCACUCCACACCAAUACCCUCUGAAAAUACUGCAGUUUCUACGGAGAGACUAAAGGAGAAGGUACUUCAGCUUCAAAGUGAGCUGGCCACAGCAAAACAAGAAUAUGAAGAAUUCAAAGAAUUGACAAAGAAGAAGCAGGUUGAACAGGAAUCUGAACUUCAGUCUUUGCUCAAGUCUAAUCAGCAUCUUGAGAACAUUUUGGAGGCCAUCAAAGCUCACAAGAGGAAUGAAGUGUCUCAACUGAACAAAAUUCAUGCAGAGACAAUAAAGAUUCUGACUACGCCAACAAAAGCUUAUAACUUAAGGUCACGACUUGUUCCUCGUCUCAGUCCAGAUGGCAUCCUAGAUGAUUUGCUGGAUACUCCUAAAUCUGGGGACUAUCUUGAGGACAAUAUAAUCAAUGAACCCAUCCCUCCAGAGAUGAGUGAACAAGCCUAUGAAGCUAUUGCCGAGGAACUCCGAAUGAUGCAGGAGCAGGUGACAACACUGCAAGCUAAACUUGAUGAGGAAGAGAGCAAAAAUAUGAAGUUACAACAACAGGUUAACAAGAUGGAGCAUCAUUCCACACAUAUGGAAGAGCUUUUUUCAUCAGAAAGGGCAAGUUGGAACAACAGGCAUCAAGAACUUCUUGCACAGAUUAAUGUUUUUGAAAAAACAGCAGCAAGACUUUAA